UGCAUGAAUGUCAGAUGAUCAGCUGUGGAUAAUGUCAUCAAAGAGAGAAAUUGAGCGAAUUUAUAAAUCUGCUUCUUCUGUUCUAGCUCUGGUGGGCAGUAAUAAUCGCUAACAGCGUGAAUAUGUUUAUGAGUUUUUCGUCAUAACGAUCUUAUAAAUAAAGAAACAAAGAUGACUUCCAAAAAAAUACUCGGGGUAUUCCGUAACCAAAAAAUAUUCGGUGUUCGCCAGUAUUCCAAAUCCUAUAACCCUGUAAAAAAGACGUUAAACGUUUUAGCAAAUGAUAUGCCUAAAAUAAUGGGUUUCAAAGAUAAGCCAUACUUUUAUCCAGAGCAUUCAGAUAUAGUUAUAAUUGGAGGAGGCUUCAUAGGGUCAUCAGUAGCCUAUUGGUUGAAAAAGAGGACCGGUGAAGGUUUAUCAGUUGUAGUUAUAGAAAAAGAUUUUUCUUAUAAAUCGUCUCAAAAUAAUGUGUCCUUAGGGACACUGACUCAGCACUUUUCCCUGCCUGAAAAUAUUAAUCUAGCCAAAUACAGUGCUGAGUUCUUGAGAAACAUAAAAGAGCACUUGGGUAUGGAUGUUGACAUUCAAUACAUGCCCACAGGAUCAAUAACUUUAGCAAGUGAGGAGUAUGCUCAUAAACUGGAAGAAAAUGUUAGUCAACUGAAUGAACUUGGUGUUAGAAAUAAUUUAUUAACAGCAGCAGAAAUAAAAAGCCAGUUUCCAUGGAUCAAUACAGACGAUGUUAAAUUAGGAUGUAUGGCACUAGAAGCAGAAGGAACCUUUAAUCCUUGGGCCUUAUUGAUGGCAACAUUACGUAAAUCGAGAGAUCUUGGAACCACUUAUGUAAACGGAGAAGUAAUAGGCUUUGAGUUAGAAAAACAAAAAGAUGUGCUCAUGGAAGGUGUGACUCCUGGAGGAUAUGAGAGAAUAAACAAAGUUAUAUACAAAACAGAAGAUGGAGAAGAGUAUGCUAUCAAAUUUGCUAUUUGUGUCUUAGCCGCUGGUCACAAUUCUGGAGAAUUAUCAAAAUUGGCAAAAGUCGGGACUGGAGAUGGAAUUUUAAGUAUGCCUCUGACAAUCGAACGUAGGGAAUGUGAUAUAUAUUCAGUUCCAGACAAGGCAUCAGAAAUAGGCCUUAACAUUCCUCUGGUUACGGAUACUACAGGACUGUGGUUAAUGAGAAAUGGCUUAGAAAGUAAUCUAUUGUUUGGAAAUUUACCACUUAUUAAAGAGGAAACUAAAAGCGGAUCUCAAAAUGAUUACUUCAAAUCAAUUAUUGAGCCGUCAUUACUAAACCGUGUUCCAAGUUGUGACAAAACUAAAAUAGAGAAGUUCAACACUGAAAUUUACGACUGCAAUACUUUCGACAAUAAUGGCGUAGUGGGACCACAUCCUUACCACAAUAACUUAUUUAUUGCAGCUGGAUUUGGAAAAUUAGGUUGUCAACAUGCACCUGGCAUUGGAAGGGCAAUCACGGAGUUAAUCAUUGACAGUCAAUUCACAACUGUUGAUUUAACUAGAUUUAGCUUUGAUAGAUACUUACUUAGUGAGAGAAUUGUUGAAUUUAAUGUCUAUUGAGAUCCUGUUAUCUUAAGAUUGAACUAUAAUAGAUUAUUGAAAGUUUA